AUGGAUGCAUUUCUCGAAGGAUUUGGGCUCGGGCCCACCCAUGUGUACACUGUGAAGGAUGUGACAGCCCAGAAGUUUAUUGAGGCCUAUGCAAACCACCUGAAGAAGAGGGGCAAAUUCCAGGUCCCCAUGUGGGCGGAUUUGGUGAAGACAGGAUAUGGAAAAAGCUUGGCUCCCCACGACCCUGAUUGGAUAUUCAAGCGCGCUGCCGCUAUCCUGCGUCAUCUGUACCUCCGCCCAAGCUGCGGCGUGGGGGCUUUUAGAAAAGUGUUUUCUUGCAAAACUGGCAAGAAGUGCAGCCCUGGCCACACCAGCAAGGCCAGCGGGAAGAUCAUCCGUUACAUUCUUCAGCAGUUUGAGACCAUGGGCCUUGUCGAGUCACGGCCUGACAACGGCAGGCGCUUGACAAAGAUGGGGCAGAAGGAAUUGGACGUUAUUGCCCGUCAGUGUGUGGCUCCCUCAUCAGCGUAA